CCCCAGCAGUGGCACACGCUGGACCCCGAGCUGGAGGAGAUCCUCAUCCCCAGGAAACUCUCCAUCAGCCCCUUGGAGAGCUGGCUCACCGUCAGGUACUCCCUCCCCAGGGCUCAGCAAGAAACCGGCCAUGAGCAGCCCGAGCCCCUGGAGUGUCCCCCUGCUGCAGGGACGGGGCAGCUGGAGGAAGGAGAGGGGGCUCAGGGUGACAGGGUGCAGUGCAGGAACGUGCUCAAGAUCCGCAGGAGGAAGAUGAACAGGCACAAGUACAAGAAGCUGCUCAAGAGGAGGAAGUUCAUCCGCAGGAGGGUAAAGGAGGGGCGCAAGAGGAAGCGGCAGAUCAAAUUUGAGAAAGAUUUGGAGCGCAUCUGGAAGAAAGCUGGCUUGAAAAGUGCUCCUGCAGGCUGGCAAACCCCCAAGAUCUACCUGAGGAGUUCCAAGCGAUAAAAAAAAACCUCACCUGUCACAAAUGUUAACCUGCAAUUGUAAUUAAAACCAAAAUAUUUAAGUAUGUUGAUGGCAUGUAACCUUUUUCUGAUUGUGAUGGAAAUUGUAGGAAGGAGUUUUCCAAGGAGAAACUUUUCCUCCCCAAAGGAGAGGUGUGAGCUCUUUUUGCUGAAUUUUUGGGGUCCCUCUUUGGGAUGAACCUAAGAAAAAUCAGGUGUAGGAGAAGGGAUCAGUGAAAGAAUUUCCUGUUGUUUAUAAGGCACAAAACUUUGGAAAAGUUCUUUUCUAAAUUGCAUUUUUUCACAGCCUUACUGCAGAAAUGUUGGGGUUUUCCUAAGUGGGAAAUUGGAUCAGAAUUCCAUGGAAUUGACCUGCAGGAGCUUUUGGUGUCUCUUAUGUGGAGCUUUGGGCAUAUUGUGAGCAUCCUCAAAAGGCACAUUUUUCUCUUUGUGUUCUAUUUUGUGCUAAUAAAAAAUGGUUAUUUUUUUGUCUUUUGACUGACCCCUGUCAUGUAAAACAUCCAGAUAUUGGUCAAAGUAGAAGCUCAGAGCUAAUUAUUUAUUAACCACAAAAACUUUUGUGCCUGAGACAAGCCUGAUACAAUCAGCUGCUUUUGCAUGGUUGAAGAGAGUUGUGAAAGCUGUGAAAAAUACAGAUGUUUAAAAUAAACCCUGACAAAGGAUUCUUA